CCCAAACCCAACCAGACUAAACCCUACUCUACACUGUAGAUUUAACAUUUUUUGCUUCUUCUCCACUGCCAAUCCUAGAAAGUUUGGAGUAUCUUCGUGAAAUCCCAGGGACUUCUCGAAAUGGGUUGGAAAGCAGCACAGAAAUUGAUACAUCAUUGGAAGAUUCUCAGAGGUGAUAAUGUGAUGAUAAUUAGGGGAAAAGACAAAGGAGAGACUGGUCUUGUAAAGCGUGUUGUUCGCUCUCAAAAUCGUGUUCUUGUCGAAGGCAAGAAUUUGGUUAAGAAACAUAUCAAGCAGGGGCAAGGUCAUGAAGGUGGGAUCUUUACAGUUGAAGCCCCAUUGCACGUCUCAAAUGUCCAGGUUGUAGAUCCGGUGACAGGGAAACCAUGCAAGGUAGGAAUCAGAUAUUUGGAAGAUGGUUCCAAAGUAAGAGUUUCCCGAGGUAUUGGAGCAUCAGGUUCUAUAAUUCCCCGGCCUGAGAUCUUAAAGAUAAGAACAACACCAAGACCAACAGUUGCUGGUCCCAAGGACACUCCAAUGGACGUAGUACUGGAAAGGACAUAUGAUCCUAAAACUGGGUUGGGAAUGCCUGGUCUUUAAGCCUAGUCAUGCUUCAAGUUUACAAGAUCUUGGAUUGGCUUCUUAUCACCUCCUGAGUAUUGUAACUGAUCUUGAUAGUGCUCGCUGGCACUUAGAAACGUGGGAUGUGUAACCAAUUUGCUGUAGUUAGUGGUGUUAGCCUCUUGUGAUGAUAGGAACCACCAUUCUUGAGAUAUGGGAAUGGUAAAACUAAGUCACUUUUUGAUUGAAAUAACUAAGAAGCUGCUUCUGCACUGACAGGGAUUGUGAAA